AUCAACAAGUUCUCUACAGCGGAAUGCCUCGCAAAUUGGCCAAACCAGCUGUUAUCAGAACUCGUUAUAAAUUGCUAUAAAGCUCUCCAGCUUGACUCCCCGACACAUUACCGAGCUCGAUGCGCAUCCAUCCAGACUUCUAGACUUGCCGUGGACAUCUCCUCGAUUGACACAUGGACACUCUCCCCAGGUCGAAACACCAUGAAGUGCUGGACAGCUCACCAGUCCAGAACAGAUUGCUGGCCACAACACUACCUCUCAGUGCCAUGACGAGCGACGGAGAUGAGGGGCAGUGCACUAGCACGUGCACCCCUUUUGGGGAUAUACCAAUCGAACGGUUCCUCGCUUGACUGGUGGACCCGAUCCUGAUCUUCUUGGCCUCAUGCUUCACCUCCUUCUGACUGGGGUAGGCUCUCGGUCCCGACGUUCCUUCUACCGCAUCAUAUUUAAAUCCUUGCCCCGGCAAGCACUGGACUCAACUCACUCUCAUUCCGUUCUUGGUGCAUAGGCACACCCAGCAUUUGCAUGGUCCCCUAUGACAUCUACGUUGCAAGCGCGCUGGACGGUAUCGCGCUCUUCAGUGCUACGCUUCUCGGAAUUUCGCGCUGGAGAUCUGCACGUCGGGAAGGGAAGAUCAAGCUCCCUGUCUCGGAUGGAGUUCAGAACGAAAACAACCCCGGUGUACAGAGGUACGACCCGUUCGACGUGACGACGCCGGAGGAUGUUCUGGAGGGUUAUCCGUUGGAGGAAGAAUCGUUCUGGGAUGGGAUUAAAACUAGAAAACGCAUCUUGACGACUUUCGUCGCGCUAUACCUCGCAACGGAAGUGCUCGCGACGACGCUCUCACCGACAGCCGUUGAGCAACAAAUCCACGGCCUUCGUCUCGGCUUCGCGGCAUAUACUCUCAUUCUGUCCUUGCUCUCUCUUGGGUACUACGAAGUCGAACUCCAUCGUGAAUCUACCUGGCACAUGACCAUGGUCCUCCUGCUUCAAGUCCUGGCGAUGGGCUUCGCCGCGAUCUUGCCCUCAGACGCGUCCACGAUCACAGUCACUCUCUACUCGCCGUCCGUCACGUCCUUCGGCUGGGUGGCGUCGGUCCCCGUCGUGGUCACUAUAUACCUUUCGUACCUCAGCCCGAUCGGCCUAUUUUUCCUGGCGGUCGCGCUGUGGUUGGCGAUGAGCAUGCGCACUGGUCCCGACUUGCGAUACCCUGUUGACGUGAUCUACUCGGAGAAGGUGGCGAAAGAGAUUUCGAACAGGGACAUCGAGAGGAGCAAUGUCUCUGGCUCGUACGGUGCCUCUGUCCUCGGAAAACUCUUCUUCUCGUUUGCUGGGAAGGUUCUGCUGCUCGGGGCAUCCCUCGAGCAGCUGCAGAUUGGGGAUCUCCCCAUCCUGAGCUCCCAGAUGCGUGCGACAUACCAAUACGUGAACAUGCGGAACAUUUGAGCUCUGCAUCGAGCUCGUCCUGGUCCCUGGUGCGGCAGUUGCUGAGCGCGAACAAACUGUCCCUGCCCCCUAUGUUGGGCCUCUCGCUGUGGACCGGGUCUCUGUUCUACCUCCCGCCGAUCUUCCUGAAGCAGAUUAUCGUAUACCUCGAGACGGAUCGCCAGCGCGAGAAUGUGCGCUGGGGUCUGCUCUGGGUGUUCGCCUUCCUGCUGUCGACCAUUCUGCUGUACAUCGUGACUGGCCAAGUUUGGUUCCUCUCUACCGUCACCAUGCAGAACGAAGUCAAGAUACAGCUCAGCACUGCACUGUAUGCGAAGACACUCAUCCGCAAGGACAUCGCGUCGUCGUCUGCCGCAGCGUCGCCGGAUGUGGCGAAAGACGAGGCGGACAGCGACGACAAGGCCAAUGACGCAUUCUCGUCCAAAGCGCAGAUCAUGACUCUCAUGACGACGGACGUCGAUCGCAUCGCCCGUCUGACUGAGCACCUGUUCUUCGUCUUCGAUGUCCCCAUCGAGUUGACUGUCGGAACCAUCUUCUUGUAUCAGCUGCUUGGCACCUCGGCAUUCUGGGGCCUGGCGGUCGCACUGCUCUGUUUACCGCUGAAUCACAUCGCGGGUAAGGUCGUCUCACACGCACAGGACAAUCUAAUGAAAGCACGUGAUGAGCGAGUGGCAUUGAUGAAUGAGGUCCUUGGUGGUAUCCGCAUGCUCAAAUUCAUGGCCUGGGAACGCAGCUUCGAGAAGCGAGUCAUGAAGAUCCGAGCACGAGAACUGCACUACCAAUGGCUCAACUAUGCGAUCCAAGCGCUGCUCUCUGGGCUCUGGGCGCUGGCUCCCAUCGUGAUCACGCUUGCCGCAUUCUAUCACUUUGCCAUCGUCCGGGGCGAGCAGCUGACCCCGUCAAUCGCCUUCACAUCGAUCAUUGUGUUCUACGAAUUCAAAUACGUGCUCGCCGCCAUCCCAGAGACAUUGAUCGUCAUCUUGCAGACCGUCGUUUCGAUACGCCGGGUUCGCAAGUACCUCGGCACCAAGGAAGUCACGAAAGUGUCGCCCCUCGAAGAGCAGCCGCGCGAGAUCAAGCUGGUGAACUGCACCGUCACAUGGCCUGCGCAGGCUUCCAUGUCGGCAGCCUCGACGCCCCGACAGCAGUUUUUGCUGAUGGACCUCAACCUCGAAUUUCCCAGGGGUGAAUUGACACUGAUUUGCGGUAAACUGGGUGCUGGAAAGACACUGCUCUUGCUGGGUCUGCUGGGCGAAGCCGGUGUGCUCGCGGGCUCGCUGGUCUGUCCGCGUUCGCCGCCGGACGCACUGGCGAGAUAUGCUGAGGUGGAUGGGGAGUGGCUCGUAGAGGGGCUCUGUGGCUAUGUUCCGCAGACCGCGUGGCUCCAGAACGCGACGAUCAGAGACAACAUCCUGUUUAACCUCCCGUACGAUGAAGCUCGGUACAAGGCGACCCUCGAGGCUUGUGCGUUGACGACGGAUCUGCAGAUCCUCGAGGACGGGGACCAAUCUGAGAUCGGAGAACGUGGUGUCAACCUGAGUGGAGGCCCAAAAGCGCGCGUCUCUCUCGCUCGUGCUGUUUAUUCUCGCGCAUCGAUCUUGCUGUUGGACGAUGUGCUCUCCGCGGUCGAUGCGCAUACGGCCCACCAUCUGUACAACAGCUGUCUACGCGGCGAGCUCAUGCGUGGGCGGACGCUCCUGCUCGUCUCGCAUCACGUGCAGCUGUGUGCUCCCGGGGCGGCGUAUGUCGUCGCACUCGACAACGGCACGGUCAAGUACGCCGGCGAUCGGGACACCUUCCGGUCGAGCGGCGUCAUGGGCAGUCUGGUGCAGAGCGCCGCCCACGAAGUAGACGGAGUUGAUGGCGCUGCUGAUGCGACGAAGAGCGACUCUGAGUUGGAGAGAACGACCGUCGGACAAGAAAAGGCGGCCGAAGAGAAGAAGGCAGCGCCGCGCAAGUUCCUGGAAGAGGAACGUCGGGCUACGGGCCGGGUCGCGUGGUCUGUUUGGAUGAGCUAUAUCGCUGCCGCCGGCUCUUGGUGGUACUGGUUGCUGUUCGUCGUCCUGUUCGCUGUUUCUGCCAUGGCCCCGGUGCUGGAAAACGGGUGGCUGGGAUACUGGUCAAGCGGCAAAGACCAAGACAUCCACGGUACCGGGUACUUCAUCGGGAUAUAUGCUGCAGUCUUCGUCUUUGGUCUGGUGUUCACGGUCCUGGGCUUCUUCGUGCUGUACUACGGAGGGAUCCACGCAUCCCAAGUGCUCUACAAGAAGCUCCUCUCGACAGUCCUGUUCGCGCAGAUCCGGUUCCAUGACACCGUCCCCCGCGGCGCUCUGCUGAACCGAUUUGGGCGCGAUAUCGAGGAGAUUGACAGCACACUCCCGACGAACAUCGGACAGACCGUCAGCUUCUUCCUCGCCACGGUCACUACUCUCGGGACACUGAGCGUCGUCGGCGGACCGGCAUUCAUCCUGCCCAUGUGUGUCGUCCUGUGGCUCAGCUACCAGAUCGCGAAAAUCUACGGACAGACGUCCCGUGAUCUCCGUCGCCUGGACUCGGUGACGCGCUCGCCGGUGUACUCGAUGUACUCCGAGACCAUCGCCGGCGUGUCCGUGCUGCGCGCAUUUGGCGCUGGGUCUAAAUUCCUGCGCCAGAUGCUGCGUGCGUUAGACACGAAUGCGAAUCCGUCAUUCUGGUCGCUCGGGGUGGGCUACUGGCUGACGAUCCGGCUGACAAGCUUCGCCUCGAUAUUUACAACGCUCAUUGCCCUCGUAGCCGUGCUGACGCCCGGGAUCUCGGCCCCUCUUGCAGGAUUCGCCUUCUCCUUCUCGUACACGAGCACCUCCACGCUCCUCAUUCUGGUCCAGUCGUUCGUUGCGCUCGAGCAGGCGAUGGUCGGUCUGGAGCGCGUUCAUGAGUAUUCUGCCCUGCUCCCGGAGGGCGAAGAGUUUUUGGAGCCGCGGCCCGAGCCAGAUUGGCCCGCGGAGGGUGCGAUUGAGUGCAAGGAUCUGGUUAUCAGAUAUGCUCCGGAGCUGCCGGCAGUGUUGAAGGAGGUGUCGUUCGAGGUCAAGCCUGGCGAGAAGGUUGGGGUGCUCGGUCGGACUGGAUCCGGGAAAUCUACCCUCGCACUGUCCCUCUUCCGUUUUGUGAAUCCGUCAGAGGGGACAAUCAUCGUUGACGGGGUGGACAUCACCAAGAUCGGGCUGACCGAUCUGCGGAGCCGGCUGACGAUCAUCCCGCAGGACCCGACCAUCCUCAGCGGGACUCUCCGCUCGACGUUGGAUGUGUUCGAGGAAUACGAGGACAAAGACAUCUUCGAGGCGCUGCGUCGUGUGCACCUCAUUCCACCCGCCGACGACGGCGCAGACUCUGUCACGCCCGACUCCGAGUCGGAGAUCAACGCGAACGUAUUCAAGAACCUCGACUCGCCCGUGUCGGAAGGCGGGGACAAUUUCUCGACGGGCGAGAAACAGCUGCUGUGCAUGGCGCGCGCGAUCCUCAAACGGUCCAAGGUCCUCGUCAUGGACGAGGCGACUGCCUCGGUCGAUUAUGCCACGGACGAAUUGAUCGGAAAAACGAUCCGCGAGGAAUUCGCCGGGAGCACGAUCCUCACCAUUGCGCAUCGGCUGAGGACAGUCAUCGACUAUGAUCGGAUUCUGCUCCUCGACAAGGGUCAGGUGCUCGAAUUCGACGCGCCUGCGACCCUCCUGGCCAACUCUGACUCGAGCUUCUACAAGCUGUGCCAGGCGACGGGCAAGAACGAGUUCAAGGUCCUGCUCGAGAUGGCAGGCAUCAAAAAGUAAAACAUAAUUACCCUAGAGUUGGUUGAUCACCGGCGCGGUCCCAUUGAGGGACAACCGGGGGUCCGCACUACAUACAUGUGUCAAGUGUAUGCUACGGGCAUUCAAUCACCUUUUCCUCCUCGAGCACCCGAAGUAACAUCCACUCCGCGGUUGUUAUUCCCCACCAACCCGCUGUAGCCCAUCAAGAUAUCCCAAGGGAUUUGCAGAGGUCGAGACGAUGGCGCGGUUCAGGCAGAGCCGUGGCCGUUCGCAUGGGGCCAGAGGCAUAGAUAUAGGAGAUAAAUAGAGGUCCACCAAUGUCGUCAGUGAGGAACACUGGGCCUGACGCGUGGUGCCCCAGAAUCGUUCGAAGAAUAGUUUGGAGUAGCGGGACAUCGUAAAUCUGGAGUCGAGCAAGCUAGGGUGUGAAACGGAAAAGACACGGCAGUCUGUGGUGAUUUUGGAUUUCGGAAGGGAGAG